GUUGACAAGCCGGUGCAGCAACAACAUAUUACAUUAAACUAACCAUUGAUGGUGUCCUUUGAUAAACAUUGUUCUUGUCAAGCUUAACGUUACGGACAUCAACAAUCUUGCGCGAGCCUAGUAGCUGUAAAGCUAGCUAUCUAACGUUAGUCAGUUAACGUUAGCUUCUCCCGGCUAUUUUUAGUGCAAUUAAGCAGCUAUUUUCAGACCAAGGCGUCACCCUCUUACGACCUGUAAAGUCAUUAUUGUCUCCCAUGAUCUCGUUAAGUUAGCUAAUCAUUUGUACAAAAUGUCAACGACAUCGUUGGAUAAGGAAUUGCAAGAGCGCUUGAGAGAGGCGUCUGCGAUUGGAGACAUCGACGAGGUGCGGAUUUUAGUGGAAAGCGGAGUAAAUAUCAACUCUCAAAACGAAAUAAACGGAUGGACAUGUUUGCAUUGGGCAUGCAAGAGAAACCACAAACCGGUUGUGUCUUACCUGCUGAACUCUGGCGCUGACCAAGAGAUCCUCACUGCUAAAGAUGAGCUGGCUGUCCAGCUGACCUCUAAGCCUGAAAUCAGAAGACUGUUAGGAGUUGAGGAGGAGGAAGUGCCUGAAAUCAAGGAGCCUGAGUUGCCAAUCAUCCCAAACUACCUGUCCAACCCGCCAUUCAUGUACAGUAAGAUGGACAACAAGGCUGAGCUCAUAUUGGCACAGUUGACCCAAAAUGGCAAUGGAGACCACUCAUCAGAUGACCCGCACAGUGACUCAGCUUCCUGUCGCCCACCCACGAGCAACAGCUGCCUCAGCAACCGCAGAGCCUACUCUCUGACAUCCCGAGGGAGGGGGCCUUCAUCCCAUUGGCGCAGCAGAACGGAGUGUCGCCGAGCCCCGCCUCGUCUCUCACCGUCAACGGAGGCCUGCCUAUGGACAUCUCCAUGGAGCCCCACCUGGUCAACCAUGGGGAGUACCACACUCGGUGGCCCCAGCACCACCAGCAGUAGCAGCCAAGCCCAGGUGGCUAACGCUAACCCAUCUAUGACCCGGCAGCAGUCCCUCCCUCAGCAGCUCAACUGUGGCCAGGGUGCUGGGGGUAACAUGCCUGCCUUCCAGCCUUUCUUCUUUACCAGUACAUUCCCUGUCAAUGUGCAAGAGCUGGUCUUAAAGGUGCGCAUCCAGAACCCCAACGCGCGGGAGAACGACUCACGCGAGGUGGAGCUGGACAGACAGGAGCUGACCUACCGCUCGCUGCUCCGGGUGUGCUGUCGCGAGCUGACAUCAGCACCGAACACGUGGAGAAGAUCCGCCAAGCUGCCCAACACCAUGCUGCGAAAGGACAAAGACGUGGCUCGGCUGCAGGACUUCCAGGAGUUAGAGGUGGUGCUGGAGAAGGCUGAGGGCCUGGCACUCCUCUCUGGGGCGGGAGGCCUCACCGACAGACCCUGCUACAACAUGAAGGCCUCCAGACUCACCUACUAGAGACCAACAGGAUUGACAGACACACAGACAGACACUACUACAACAUGAAGGCCUCCAGACUCACCUACUAGAGACUAACAGGAUGGACAGACACACAGACAGACACUACUACAACAUGAAGGUCUCCAGACUCACCUACUAGAGACCAACAGGAUUGACAGACACACAGACAGACACUACUACAACAUGAAGGCCUCCAGACUCACCUACUAGAGACUAACAGGAUUGACAGACACACAGACAGACACUACUACAACAUGAAGGCCUCCAGACUCACCUACUAGAGACCAACAGGAUGGACAGACACACAGACAGACACUACUACAACAUGAAGGCCUCCAGACUCACCUACUAGAGACCAACAGGAUUGACAGACACACAGACAGACACUACUACAACAUGAAGGCCUCCAGACUCACCUACUAGAGACCAACAGGAUUGACAGACACACAGACAGACACUACUACAACAUGAAGGCCUCCAGACUCACCUACUAGAGACCAACAGGAU